UUCACCGCGGGGGCGCGCAGAGGUUCGAUGGAGUAGGAGGAAGCGGCCGCCAUGUUGUAGCCGAGACAAACAGCGGAGACCGCGGAAAGAAACAAGCCGGGAGAUUUGCUGUUCAGUCGGUUCUGCUGAGCGCACAGGUCCGAUCCGUUCCCACGUAGCGGAGCUGAGUAUCAGCGGGCACCAUGAGCGGAGGGACGCCGUAUCUCGGCAGCAAAAUCAGCCUGAUCUCAAAGGCCGAGAUCCGCUAUGAGGGGAUUCUGUACACGAUCGACACCGAGAACUCGACUGUAGCUCUCGCUAAAGUUCGUUCCUUUGGGACCGAGGACCGUCCCACCGAUAGACCCAUCCCUCCUCGAGAUGAUACCUUCGAGUACAUCAUCUUCAGAGGCAGCGACAUCAAAGACCUGACGGUGUGUGAGCCCCCGAAACCAACAUGCUCCCUGCCCCAGGACCCGGCCAUCGUCCAGUCCUCUAUGAGCUCCAGCUCCUCAUCUGCUGUGGCCUCGGUCCCGACCCCGUUCCAGUCCGCCGGGUCCUACGGCCUCUUCAACCGGGCCCCGGUUCCAGCCUACAACCAGUUCAGCUCCAGCCCCCUGGUGUCCCCCCAGUUUGGGCCGGUGGGAGUCGGUCCCAGCAGCCCCAGCAUGGACCCCCUGAGGAAGAGUCCCACCUUGGAGCAGGUGAUCCAGAACGCCCCCUCGGCGCCGGCCUCCUCCACCGUGACCCCGGCCCCCGGCCUGGGACGCAUCGUCCCCUCCGCUGGUGUCCAGAGCGUCCAGAAGGUUCAGCACCAGGACGGCGUAGACACGAGGAGGGCAGCCGCCGGAGCUCCGCCCACUCGCCGCGGCCGGGGGGGGGGCCACCGGGGGCGGGGGCGGUUCAACGUACGGCGAGACGGGCCCAUGAAGUUUGAGAAGGACUUUGACUUUGAGAGCGCCAACGCACAGUUCAACAAGGAGGAGAUCGACCGAGAGUUCCAGAGCAAACUGAAGCUGAAAGAGGACAAGACUCUGAACGGGGACGAGAAAGGAGACACCGGCCUCGAGGCUCAGACCAACGAGAGCAACGCUGACGAGGAGGGAGAUCCCCUCGGCCCCAACUGCUACUACGACAAGUCCAAGUCCUUCUUCGACAACAUCUCCUGUGACGACACCAGGAAAGCGAACGACAAAGCUGGAGGCUCCAUGUUCCCAAGGGAGCGGAGGCAGACCUGGGCUGAGGAGAGGAGGAUGAACGCCGAGACGUUCGGCCUCCCGCUGCGUCAGGGCCGAGGUCGAGGAGGUUACCGUGGUCGUGGAGGCGUUGGUUUCCGAGGAGGUCGGGGUCGAGCAUCAAGCCGAGGGUCCUUCGGGCCUCCCCAGGGAGGAGGAGGAGGAGGAGGAGGAGGCGGCGGCGGCUACAGGGGAGGAUACAGAGGAAACCAGGCAGGCCGGGAGUUUGCUGACUUAUCAUCAUACAGGAAGGACAACAAAGUGGCAGCGUAGUGAGGAGGAGGAGCUUCUUCAGAGGGGGCGGAGCCUCUUAGAAGGAGGAGGAGGAGCCUCAUGGGAGGGGGAGGAGCCUCUCCAGAGGAGACCCAGUUGGUUGAUGUGUUGCCUAAAGUGAUAAGGAUUUUCUCCUAGUUGUAUAUUUGUCACCAGCACCGGACUUGACUCUUGUAUCCGACGUUGAUCCGAACCCUGGAGUCCAGGUCCCUCUGGAGUCCAGGUCCCUCUGGAGUCCAGGUCCCUCUGGAGUCCAGGUCCUUCUGGGGGGGCGCUUGUUUUCUGGACCCUGGUAACGUCUCCUCUGACCUGGACGUCGACCUUCACCUUUCUCACCUCUUUUUCUACCGUCACCUCCUCCUCGUCUGUCUCCUCUCAGCUGAUCACUUAGCACGUUAGCAACCGCCGCUAGUAGUUCAUAAGUCCAGAGGGGUCAUAGGUCAACGCUUAGUUUUCAUCACAUCCCAGACAAUUAUGGACACGGAGAACAUAAAAUACUCAACUUAAACCUUUUAUCUGAAAAUUAAGCAGAAACUCUGUCUAAUCAGUUUGUUGGUUUUAAUUUGGGUGGUUUAUCUCCUCCGUAGCUGAAGGUAGAUAAAAUAAUUAUUAUUAUUAUUAUUAUUAUUAUUGUUGUUAUCAUGGGCUCCAUGAGACGCCAUAAUUAACUCUAAUUAAUGAAUUGACAGACUUCAUUCUGUCCUGGUGUUCACGUUCCUCAGAUCUGGGUCGAAGCUCCAGACUCGACCCAGAACUAAACCAGACUCAUUCAGAUAAUAAUCAGGACGGGGGAGGACGGGGGAGGACGGGGGAGGACGGGGGAGGACGGGGGGACGGGGGGGACAUGUGUCAUCCGCUUCACGGCUUCGACUCCAGAACAACAAACCUCCUUUAAAGUUCGUCACUGCUCAGGAAACAGAGGCAGGAGUCUUUCUUCUGCAUUAGCCUUGAUGCUAACCGCUAACUUCCUGUCAGCGACUGGUUUGGAGGGCGGAGCCUCAUAUUCCAGAUCAGUAAUUUGCUUUUAAAGGAUGCAUCAAAAAAUAAAAACAUUUAAAGAGUCGUGUGCAGAAGAGUCAGUUUUCUUAAGGAUAAAAUCUAAUGAAGAUUUUUAAAAUCAUACAAAUAAAACGUGUAAAACUUUAGAAUCACUUUCUGUUCGUCUCUGAGUCUGAUCACAUCAUCCGAAAGGUUUUUAAUUUUACUUCAACUUAAUUCUCCUCAAGUUUCUACAGACGAGACCAGAUUAACAACCGCACCCUCAGCAUGCUAAGCUAAAUAGCUGCUGCUCUAGCAUCGUGCGCUAGCAUGCAGACAGGAUAGGAUUUAAUUAAACUGGUUUAUAUCUGACUCCGAACACAACAUGACGGAUGUUGCUAAAUUUCCAGAAACAAACCGAAGUGUUGAUGCAAUAAGAGGAGGAGGGGUAGAGGGCAGGCAGGUCGAGCCGGAUCAGGUCGGAUCAGGUCAGACCAGGUCCCGUCGGUCCAGUCAGACCUCCACCUCCAUCCUCUCUGGAGUCUCAGCCACACAUUUGUCGGACUUUUUAUUAAAAGCAAAUAAUAAACCGAUGUUCACUA